AUGGAAGCAAAGGACUGGACUUCUUCUCUCUUGCUCACUCAGUCGGGCAAGCGUCCCAUCAGCUGUAUCUCGGCUGUCUCAUCGCCGCCGUCACCGACUAAGCGGGCGUGUUAUGACCUUGAUUGCCAGAAACCGGAUGCUCCUGAGAUCCUUCAGCCUGUCCCUCGCCACGCCAGGUCCUCGACCGCCUCACUACUAGAGGCCCUGGUCACUUCUGUCGUCCCGGAUCUCUCAUUCAACGAACAUCUCCAACCUGACGUCCGCGCUCACGUCGCGAGCUGGCUUGACGCAGUAUUGCCUUGCCCCGAGUCUCAUCGGCAAAGACGCCCAGAGUCUUGCCGUAAUAUCCAGCCACCACUAAGCAGCCCUCCACUCAGCAAGACGGCACCACCCACAAUGGGUUCUAGACGUGGCAGCAGCCUGGCCCGCCCCAGUACUCCCUCCUCCUACCGGCCCCCAACAAACCCCCCUACGAACCCCCCUACGCCAUCACAGACUGGCACCAGCACGCCCUACACCAGACUGGUUGAAAACCCUCAUUACAGAGUGCACUUGGCUGUGAACAAGAUCGAAGUUCGCCCCCCUCGGGACAAACUACCAGAGCCCAUUUCCGAGCUCUGCAAUCUUAUUCAAACGGCUCGCAUGUCUCCUCGCCCACCCAUGACCGAUCACGCUCUACAGACCUUGGAAGCGUUUGGCGACAUGUCAAGUGAACCCCACCUUGAAAAGUUCUUCCAGAAUAAAAUCGCCUCUGAUCUCUUCAUGGAGGAUGAAAAACGAUGGGUCGAAAGACAGCCCAUGGACAGACGCCUUGUCCCUUCGUUUUCCUCCAAGAUGAAAGUCAGUACCCCCAUCCCUGAUACUCUCUACGGCUACCGCGUGCCCGACGACUUCUCUUUGCCGCAGCUGGAACAGCUUUGUGAGAGGAAGAAACCAGAAGAUAUAUUGGUAGCAAAUUCCGCAGGCUCGGUCUUUCCUUUCUUGGCCGUCGAAUUCAAGGGUGACGGCCCCGUUGGCGGCGCUGAGCGCCUGAACUCUAUGAUCGAACAAUUCCAGCGUCAGGAUGUACCGCACAUCGACAGCACCGCCUUCGGCAUCGCCAUGAACGGGAUGAUUGCAAAGCUCUUUGUAUCCUGGAAGAAUGGCGACGGCUUGAUUCUAGCGCAAAAGAUCAAGGAGUUCGUACUGGAACGCCCUGAAGAGUUCAUCGCGCUUCGCAACUGCGUCCGAAGCAUUGUCGAAUGGGGAAUGGGUGAACGCUUUACCAACGUCAAGCGCGCUUUGGAUAUCUUCAGUGAGGAAGAGACGCGAGACGCUGGGGGACCCAAGACAAGGCCUCCCCCUGAUGGGUCUUCUGCGCCGAGCACGAAGCGACCGAGAAUGUCUGAUGCAUGA